AUGUCAGACCCUGAGUCACCACCGGCACCACGGCGUACGGGACCCUCGCGGUUCGGGGAGCACCUCCAGACACAGACGUAUCCCAAGCCGAAGCCGCCAUCACCGGUCCAAAACUUACGGGAUGAUAGCCUCAAUGAUGGCCUCGAUGAUCCCUCGGCAGACGGCGCCUCGUCAGGGCGUCCCCCGAAAACCAAAUCGGGCAAAGCCCGUGUGCCUGCAUACCGCGUCGAAAAGAGACCUGCCAGAACCGGACCGAUAUACCCUAAAAAGCCUCCCGAGGAACCGCCAGAAAAGCCAAAAGUACCGCCCCGCGAAGCCGGUGACCGCUUCACUAAUCGCAAAUCCAGGCGCACUACAAGGCGUGAUCGCCAGAUGUCAACCUGGCGGUCCAUAUGGAGCAUCAACGGCUUUCUCACGCCAUGGCUUUAUGGCUGGAUCAAGCGGUUCUUCAAGUCGGAAGCGCUCCGCUGGUUGGGGAGACAGACACCAUGGAUGCUCAUCCUCCUAGAGCUGCUCAUGGCGGCUCUGAUCGGAUCAGGGGGAUUGCAGCUCAUCCCGGAUACUGGAGUGUUUGAGGGGAUGGAGUGGUAUACCGAGAAAGACGGGAUGAGGCUGGGUGGGUGGGGCUACUGUGAUGCAUCAGGUACUUGCGUGGUCAAGCCCUUCUAUAACGUCUAUAUCGAGGAGCCGCCAGAUAUCUGGCAUAGUACCAUCAUACUAUCAGGUCUGAUCCUCGCUGUCUGUUUUGGCGGUCUCCUCCUGCUCCUGUGCGCCAUAUGGGCCCUCCUCAUCCGGAUUUUCUCCACUCGAGGCUCUCUUGAGGUGCUCACCUGUGCAAGCUGUGCUCCGUGCAUACUCAGUGCAAUGGAGAAAGCGCAGGAAAACUCGCUAGACAAGGAGAUUGCAUUGGAACAGGAGGCAAAGGAGAAGGGUAAACAGAGGGAGGAGGAGCGCGACGCAAAGGACUUUUGGAUGAUUGUGAUGGAGUGGACGAUGUGGGCGUUCAGUCUGUGGGUCAUAGCGGCGUUUACGGGGCUGGAAAUAUGGUCGAACGCGACAGGUGCUAAUGGGUUGGUGGGUGACGCUAUAAUGAAGUACUUGCUGGGACUGGCGUUCACCUGGCUGGUCGUGCGUUCCUUGUACCGCUCGUACUGGGCCUUGGGAAUUGAGAAGGUUGAGGAGGUAAAGCCUGAGGCUUGA